AUGCCUUCUACAAAUAACAAAUAUAGUAAUAUUUAUGAUUAUAGACAUCCCCUUUAUAUUGGCAGUUGGCGAAGGAAUGUCGCGUACAUUGACGAAGAUUUUAUCAAUGACAACUUAGACGAGCCCCAUAUGAAGAGGAGAAUUACGAUUUUAAGUCAAUAUCCAGAAAUUAAGAGUCUAUAUGGACAUGAUACCAUUACCAUAUAUAUUGCAAUUAUCGGAGUAAUAAUCCAGGUGACAGCGGCAUAUUUAUUUGGUCGCUGGCUAGUCAGUUGGAAUUUUACUAUGUUCGUUGUUUCACUUAUCCUCGGAGGAACUAUGACACAGAUUUACAGUAUAAUAAUUCAUGAAACUACACAUAAUCUCGCGGCAAAAACAGAAUUUCAAAAUCGUAUCGUGGGUCUUGUCGCAAAUAUAUCAUUACCAAUACCUAUAGCCAUGUCUUUUCGUCGACAUCAUUUAGAACAUCACGCUUUUCAAGGUGUGGAAGAAUUAGAUCCAGAUCUACCUUCAAAAUGGGAGAAAAAGUUUGGUUACAGUACUAAACUUAAAUUACUAUGGCUUCUUGUUCAUCCUAUAAUAUAUCCUCUUCGUAAUAUAUCCAUGUUUAAAAAUUUACGGCAAUGGGAAUAUGUAAAUUUUGUUUUUACCCUUUUUACAGACAUUAUAAUAUACUAUCAUUGUGGCUAUAGAGGAUUAUUAUAUUUAUUUAUGUCAUUAUGGUUUGGCUUUAGCGUUCAUCCAGUAGCAGCGCGUUAUAUCCAGGAGCACUAUACGUUUGAUGAUGGUCAAGAAACCUAUUCUUAUUAUGGAAGCUUUAAUAGAAUAUUUAUGAACAUUGGUUAUCAUACUGAACAUCAUGAUUUUACAAAUAUACCGUGGACAAGGCUUCCUGAAGUUCAUAAAAUUGCAGAUGAAUAUUACGAAAACCUUGCUUAUCACACGUCAUGGUUUAUGGUCCUGUGGAAUUUUGUCACGUUAAGGCAAUUUGGGCUACAAAGUCGUGUAAAGAGAAGUAUUGAAGCACAUAAAAGAGGUCGAAAAAUGCUGAAAACUUUGAAAAAAGCAUUAAUAUCAUAG